AUGUUAUCUGUAUCCUACGACUAUAUUGGCGGAUUAAGCUAUUCACGGGAAGCAAGCUUGGAUCAGUCGGUUGAUCCCAAUUCGGGUAUAUCACUUAUUCCCGAAACUGAGUUUGAAUGCAUACGUUCUACUAACACCACUGCUACGAAAGCUACAUUACUGAAUGGUGAUUAUUUGGUUUGCGGUAGUAAGCCUGAGAGCGAAGUUUUCUGUGAUCUGAAAAACGGAGGAGAACAAGAAGCAGAAGAAGAAGAAGAAAAGGGGAAGCAGUUUGAUUUUUCUGAAUCCUCUAAAAAGUCAUAUCAUACUUUAAAAUCCUUGUCAGACCCAGAUAUCUCUUUUGUGCCGUCAAAAGAAGGCAAAGAAAGUACUGCAUUUUUUUCCUCUAGCAACAACUUAAAAAAAUCUACAGUCGUCGAAGUCGACACACCCGGUGUAAUUAAAGAAUCAGCGACUGGCACAGUUGAUAGCUUAUUUGGACUAUCUGACGUUACUGAACCAGAAGUCGAGUCGGAAAGCGGCGAGAGGAUUUCUAAUGAUAGCAUUGCUUUACUUUCCGUCUCAGAAAGCGGUUUAAGCGAAUCGGCGUUUGGCAUAGUCGAUACAUCAGGCGUAACUGGAGAGACUGAGUCUGACGUUAAACCUAAAGUAGAAAAACCAGUACCCAGCAACGCGGAAUCAUUGUUUAGUGUUACUGACCUCACUGAGCUUAUAGUCAAACCAGGAAGCAGUAGAAAAGUUUUUGAUGAUAACGCUAGAUCUACUAAAGAUACAUGUGAUAACAGUAUUAUUAGUAGCGUUGUUUCUGAGUUGGUUGAAGCCGUUGCUAGCGAUAACGACAUUAUAAGUAGCAUACCAUCUGAGUUGGCUGAGGCUGUUGCUAGUGAUAACAGUAUUAUAAGUAGCAUACUUUCUGAGUUGGUUGAAGCUGUUGCUACUGAAGAGGAAGCUAACCGGCUCGAAGCUCACUCAAAUUGCAAAGGUAGCGUAAAUCAAGAAACCAAGCAAAUGAUCAGGUCCGGUGUGGAAAUGACCGAAGCUGUUUUUGAAACUACUCAUGUUUGUGGCAAGUCUGAAAAAGGUGAGCCACAAUUGCUUGAUGCAGUUCAUUCGGAUGAGACUGAUAUUCCCGAGGAACCGUCUCCAUUACCUUCAAAUGUAUGCUAUGAAGCCUCAGAUCAGGUAUCAACGGGUUUUGUGGGAGACAUGCACUCUUUUGGGGAAGAUCAGUCAUCACGUACGGCAGUUGCACACACGCCUUUGGUUUCUUUUGGUCCGACUUCCAUAAUAGCAGAUCCUUCAUUAUAUGUUGCUGAUGCCACUAGUUCAUCUUUUGAAGAAGCUGCUAACUGUUCAAGCAAAGAAGACUCGGAAAAUUCCGAUGAGAUAACUGCAGAGUCAUUUAAUUUGUUCCCUACCGAAGAAUCAGACGGCAUGCAACGUUUAGAUGUUGAUGAAGAAUUUUUGCCUGAAAACAUAGAGGAGGUAAAACGAAACCUUGUUACUGCGAGCGACAGUAUUAUUAUUCGUUUGGCUUCAGAGUUAGAUGUUUUACCGCAACCUAGUAAUAGUGAAACGUGGCAGUUGAAAAAAGAACCAGAAGCUGAUGAAGGUAGUUUAAAAAAGAACUCAUUAUUAGUUGGACAGGUACAAAGUGGAAGUUUUGUAACCGAAGAGGUUGAUUUAGUGCCCCCACCAGUCCCUUGUCAUCGUCGUUUCCGGAGUGACAAUACUGACAGAAAUUCCUUGUUCAUUUCAAAGCAAGAAAAUCAUAUGAAAUGGGAGGCAAGUUUACCUCCGUUUUCUGGCAACAGCCCUUCUGCAGACGAUAGUGUCUUUACUCAUCAUAUCGAAGUGCAGAAUACCACUGUAGGCAACCGUAGUCAGAGUCAAUCACUUUUACCUGGCAGUUUGGGUUCAGAUGGAACAAGUGUCACUCAAGAUGACUUUGCUUGUCAAAGGAACUUGUCUACAUCAACCCCUUUCGUUAAUGGUGGGUCUCAUAGUGUUGUUGCAGCAAAAAAAAUGACUCUUUUUGAAUUUUAUGCUACGGAUUUUGUAGAUGAUUGA